GUUAAACGCCAUAAGCUGACUUAAACAACGAUGCUUUGUGAUCUGCUUUUACUUUUCAGUCUUUUCAAUUUCAGCAGUGGGUUUUUAAUACCAGAACUGCAAAAUGUUCACUUGUACGUCAGUCCUACUGGCUCUGAUUUAAACGUCGGAACUGAUGCCUCUAUUCCAAUGAGGACUCUUCAUAGAGCUAUACAACGUAUAUCAGAACCAGAUAUACAGAACAAAAAUAUUUGGAUAGAGUUGAUGGAGGGAUACCAUGAUCUUAAUUCAACGCUUGUCAUCAAUCAUCGCAAUGAUUACAGACGCAUUACUAUACGAGCAUAUCAGAACCAGAAAGUUCACGUAACUGGAGGAAAACGAAUUCCAUCAAAUCAUUUCACCAAAGUAACAGAUCCUUCUAUUUUACAACGAUUGACACCAGAGGCACAAACACAUGUAUUGCAAACUAAACUAUCAGACACCGGUAUAACAGACCUAGGACAGAUAGUACCAUAUGGAAAAUACAUACUGCGACAGGCUCCUUUAGAAAUAUUUGAGAAUGGGUUUCCUUUAACUCUUUCCAGAUGGCCAAACUACGGCUUUAAAAAUAUAACAAACGUGCCAUCAGGACAGAGAUACAGUACAGUGUUCGAGUAUGACAGCGACAGACCAAAGAAAUGGGCCAAUCAGUCGGAUAUCUGGGUAUAUGGCUACUGGUACCAAAGCUGGGCAGAUAAAGCUGUCCCUGUCAAAACAAUAGAUGCUCAACAUAAAACAAUUUCACUGGCGCAACCAACACAUUUCGGAUUGCGAGCAGGACAAACGCACCCUGGUGGAGGAUAUUUCAGAUUUAUCAACAUUUUAGAUGAAAUUGAUGAACCAGUAAGUGGUGAAUAUUUUAUUGACAGAAUAACAGGAAUGUUGUAUUUAUGGCCGGCAUUUUCUAAAGGACUCUACACUAGUAACGAUGUGAUAUAUGGUUCAAUGAUAAAUACUUGUAUACAGCUAACCAGAUACACAUCAAAUGUUGUGUUUGAGAAUUUCAUUUUGGAAGCAUGCCGGCACUUUGGUAUCCAGGCACAAGAUUCUUCAAAUAUAACGAUUCAAAGUAUGGAAAUAAGGAAUACAGGAUCGUAUAAUGUGUACUGCAGAAAGGAUUGUAGAAAUUUUGUCAUAUCAAAGAGUUACUUACAUGACGGUGACGGCGGUGUAACAUUGCAAGGUGGUGAUAGACCAACUCUGACGUCCUCAAACAAUUUCAUAAUUGACAGCGAAAUAUCCUUUUUUAGUCGGGUGACUUCGUCAGAUGCCAAUGCUAUAACACUAGAUGGCGUUGGUGGUCACAUUGAACAUAAUAUAAUAUAUAGAGGACAAUAUACUGCAAUAAGAUGGACGGGAAAUGACCAUAGCAUUCAAUAUAACAAUGUUUUUGAAAACUGUAUGAAUUCGAGUGACUGUGGAGCGAUACACUCUGGAAAAGAUUGGGCGGCUCGAGGUACAGUUAUUCGGUUCAACCACAUUCAUCACAAUCUACAAUAUUACUACGGAGCUGAUGUCCGAGGGGUGAUGUUAGAUGACCAAUAUUCCAGCGUACUGGUGGAGAAAAACGUGUUCUAUAAUAAUGCUGGACAUUUGAAUAUUGGUGGAGGACGCGACAAUAUAGUACGUGAUAACAUCUUCUUCAAUUCAACCAAGUUCUCCAUUCAAGUUGAUGGCAGAGGUUCUUCUCAUAGAAAUGACAGAUCUCUAAUGAACAUCCUUAACAAACUACCAUAUAAGAACAAACUAUGGACGUCGAAGUACCCCAAGCUUGUAAACAUUCUAAAUGAGAAUCCUGAGGAACCACGAGGUAACCAAAUAUAUAAGAAUAUCUUUUAUAAUUCCGGAAAGCAAUACACAGUGAAGUGGGAUCCACACAAACCUGCAUGGUUUGAUGUCCAUUCCAAUAUAAUAUCAAAUUCUACAAACGAUUUUAACUUUCCUAAACUACCAUAUGCAGAUUUCCGGACUCGUUGUGCACUGACAACAUUUGUUAAAAGUAAUCAUCUAACUACACCACUACUUCCGGGUCAGACUGGGCCUCGUUAUCAUGUAGGACCGCCAUUUGUCACACCGAGACCAGCAUGGUUACUUGGUGGAUCACAUGGAAAUCAACCCUCGCUUCAAGGAUGUUAAUAUGUAGUGAGAACAAAUAAAUUUAAUUAGAUUUGA